AUGGGUAAAAUAGGCGUAAUAGCGUUGCUAUGUCUAUUGUGCUUGAUAGAUCAUGAUCCAGUGAUAGCCCAGACGAAACACAAGAUAUGCAAGACCGCUGAAGACAUCUUUGACGAAUCAACCCUACAGGAAAUAGUUCAAGCAGGUAUGAACAAAAUGAUGGACAUUGUGGAGGAAAGAAUUUUAAAGAAACUAAGAAAUCAAACAGAAUGUGGCGUCGUCUAUAAUUCUAAAUGUUUCCGAGCGAUCUUUCAUGACAAGAACGACGUCUCAUUGAGCGUCGCUAAAUCAAUUUGUGGAAACAAACUGGCUAACAUUUAUGACGUCACACACUACAAACUGCUUCAAGAUUAUUUACGAUCAAUAUUUCCUGCUGGAUGGUCAGGGAUUGGGGUUCGUACGGGAAUGACUUACAAGAACGGUCAGCUGUAUUCAACGACGGGCCAACCUAUAUCUCUGCCAAAAACGCUUUGGCAUCCUGGUCUUCCGAUUACCCACGAAUCGUAUCCAACUGUUAUUGUUCUCAUCACUCGAGACUCGGAAGGCAAGGAAGGGAUUCUUAAUGCUCAUUCUGACAAUAAUUUUCUUGGAGCCAUCUGUGAAAAUGAAUUAUAACUCUGUUUAUUGAAUGAUCAAUAACAAAAAAAAAACUGUAAAAUUACACGAGUUUAAAAGUAAUUGUUAUUCGCCCUAGUAGCUUAAUCAAAACUUUCAAUUACUAAUUUUUACAGUUGAAUUUCAUUACAUUGAAAUACAACAACAUA